GAGAGCACAUCGCUGCCUGGAUUACAGCAGAGGGUUACAGACACAGACACCGCUGAUAGAAAGAGAGCACAGACAAACGCUCUCUCUCUCACACACACAGACACACUCACACACACCGGGUCAACAUGGGGAGCAGCGUGUCCUGUGUUCCUCACCAAAACUUUAGGUUCUCCAGCAAGAGCUUCAUCCGCCGGAACAGCAGCCGCUUGUUCCGUAAGAAGAACCCGCAGGAGGGCCAGGUGAAGUCCAACAGCAUCAUAAACAUCCUGUGCACUGUUACCCCCAGGAAGGAGAUGUCACAGAAGGAUCUGAAGACGAUAGAGAACAUAAAAUGGAACCCGCCAUUUGCGUACGACCCCUCGGCGGGCUGGAAGAAGAGCAGCGUUAAUGUGAAGAACUACGGCCGCAUGAUCCACAGCUCCAAAGUACGCUUCCGGUUCCUCCACUGCCAGGACAUACACGACUGCUUCUUGGACCUCUUCCAGACACACCUUCAUUUUGUCUCCAACAACCCAGCGGGGUUGACCUACCAGGGCACUCUUCCACUGAAGGAAGUCACAAUUUGCAAACUUUCCAACAGUGGCGGCAUCGGGGAGGCUAACGACUUUGCAUUCCAAAUUAACGGAGUCAGCCUGAAUCCCAUCAUCGUCUACUGCUCUGGUCAAGAGGAGCUGGACACAUGGUUCGGCCUCCUGAAGGAGCACGUCGAAGCUAACGGAGGCAGUGUUACCUCAGCCGAAGCUAGUGCGUACACUAGACUCAAGUACACAGUGGACAGCCCCAGGGCAGGAGAGGACCUGAGGAAUUCGGUCAUGAAUGAGCCCAUUUACGAGUGGGAGGGGUCGCAGAGGGAGUCCCUGGGACCCGUCACUCACGUCACCAAAGUGAGGCUGCAGCACCUGCCCUGCAAGGAGCAGUACAACAGGCUCCUUGUGAUGUACCCAUCCACCCUCAUCAUCCUCACUGAGGAGUGCGAUGGCCUCUUCUACAAGGGGAAGCUGCCUCUGGACACAGUCAGUGUGACCUUGCCAUGCCAGGGUGUGAAACCCAACACAUUCCUGAUUGAAGGGAAAAUGAUACACCCCAUCGUUGUGUCCUGCCUGGAUGAGAAUGACUUCACUGAGUGGAUCCGCCAUUUCAAGAGCACACCGGCAACAGUGCACAUCCCCCCUCCUCCAGUCUAUGACAUCAUUUACACUCCGACAAAGACAGAGGCUCCAGCACUGGACAGAUGGAGUGGACAGAGCGGCAUGGAUUUGGAUAAUUCCCUGAAUAAGAGUGGAUCCAAUGGGCUUCCAUUCCUCAACCAUGUGGAGGAUCUUCUGUCGCCAGGGUACACCGAGCCACUCUGUUACCUCUCCAGCCGGCCCACCUCCGGAGAGACGCGGUUGAGCAGCGUCAGCAGCAGCGCCUCCUCCCGCCUGCGCCCCCCCCACGAGGUCCGCCCCCCCUCCUCACUGCGCUACUCCUCCCCCCACUGCUACUCCCAAGCGCUGGACGAUGUACCGCCAUCGCCCGUCUACAACACGCCCUACACCGCCAUGAGCCAGGGGGCCCCUGUUCAGCUUGUGGAGAAGGCCCCCCUCGUCAAGUCCAACAGCUGGAGCACCUCCCAAACGGCCACCAGGUACCAGCUCUCCAUCCCCCAGAGGCACUCAGACAUGUGUGGCCCCCGAAAACCACUGUCCCCCCUCUACGAUGACCCCCACACCUCUGGGGAGUAUCUGUGUGAUGACAACUAUGUGAGGCCACCGCAGGUGUCAAGACAGUGCUGGGAGGGGUCAGUGCUCCAGCGGAGUCCCCAAAUACUGCCUACCCACUUCAGGCUCGACGCCCCUCCUUUGGAAAGGAAGUACAGGAACAAACCAUCCCUAAAACAGGAAGCACAACACAGUCACAACAGUGUGGAUCUAAGGACAGAGGACUUCUCCAAACUGAAACUGUCCUCCCCUACAGCUGCCGCCAGACACAUGACCGCCACGCAGGCCACCUUCCCCACACAAUGCCAGCGGAUGUCCCUGGAUUAUCCACAAGAGACAUUCACUAACUUGGAACAGCAGGGACCGGAUGAUUGGGACGAUGACUAUGACAACGUCUGGGACUUCAACUGUGAUCCUGGUAUGCUGCCAGUGUCUGGGAUAUUACCCCACCCAACGCAGGCACACCAGGGCAGGGGGGACAUCAGUGAUAUGGCAGCACAGAAGAGAUGGUUAUAAAAAGAGGCCUGGCAAUGUCUGCGGAAAUUUCAAAUUUUAUAUAUAACUGCUAAUGUAUAGUAUUGGAUUUGUGGAGUGGCAGACUCUUACCAGGAGUGCAGGCUAAAAUAGCUACAGGCUCACAGGUGAGAGUAUCAGUACUGCAGUAUUCCUGGUCUGCAAGUGCUGGGUAAAUUGAGAGGCAAUGGAAGUGAGGAGAAAGGAAAGAAUGUUUUAUAGAAUGAAUUAAUCUGGGUUGUCUGAUGUACAAUAUCUUGCAGGAAGUCACACAGGGAGUGUUUCAACAGUCAAACACCACAUUGCUAUGAGUUUUGUACCACAUUGUGGUUAACUCCCAGAUGACUCAAACGGCCAAACCAAAUUCUUUUUUAUGACUUUGACCCCAUCCUUCCAAGUUACUAAAGUACAUAGCGACUGCAUUCCAAAGCACUUCCUUGUGUCCUGUAAAUCGCCACACAAAGAGUAGUAAGAUAAUUUUACUUUGAUAUUAACACUAAAGGAUACCCCUUCCUGAGAAAAUGUUACAAUAAGCAAGAAGUCUAAAAGCAUCUGGUCCAAAUAAGCACUUGUCUAGAUUUAUACACAAUGUUUCAGACAAAUACACAAAAAUGUCUCCUGGAAUGCUGCACUCACUACUCUCCAGAGCUGAAUUUGGAUCUUAAAGACAACUAGAUAAUAGAUCUAUCUCAUUAAUUGUAGUGUUACAGUACAUUGUGCAAUAUGUAAAUAGGUUAUUUUAGAGUGUUUUCAGUUUUUUUAUUACAUUUUUUUUUUCCUGUUUAGUUUUUUAUUAAUUAAAACUGUGGUUACAUUUAUUAUUUUUAUUAUUUAUUUAGAAAGAGACUUGAAUAUUACUGAAAAAAGACAUGAAGAUAUCUUUUAGUGACUCUUUUGAUUGUGGUUAUACUGCUACAUUUUCCUGUUUUCUUCUAGAACUCCUUCAGAAAUAGAAUUUCAGUUAUUUAAAAAGAAGUCUUCUUGAAAGACAGCAGAGCUACUGUGUUGUUCCUCUGUUUGUGUUUUGUAUCUCUGUAUUUCAUCUGAAAAUUAAAAAGCAUUAAGCUGCA